CGAAAUCAUUUUGGAGAGAGAGAGAGAGGGAGGCGGGGAGCAAGGUUUCUCUCUUCUCAAAGACGACCAAGAAGUCGUGACAGUUUCUUCUUCCACACAACUCCCUCUCUCAGACAACAUCAUGUCGCGACACGCAGCGUUUGCGGACGAAACCACAGAAAUCAAGCCGGGUCAAGGAUUGACUGAGGUUGAAGACACUGAAGGCGGACGUGACUACACUGCGAGUCUCGCACAGACAGGCACACGACAGACUGACCCUGAGAAGUCAAGCUCUCACUCUGAAGCUGGUCUCACUCACAGACACGAGCACGCAGUCGCCACUCGAAAGCUGUUGUUAAAGCUCGACUUGACUAUCCUCCCAUUCGCUGUGUUAUUGUAUCUCAGUGCUUACCUGGAUAGAGGAAAUUUGGGAAAUGCUCGACUCCAAGGUCUCGAGGCUCAAGUCCUCAACGGAUCCGACACCAACUACUCCAUCGCUCUCUCCUGUUUCUUCAUCACGUAUAUUCUAUUUUCUAUCCCUGGAACUCUUCUCGCAAAGCAGUUCAAUCCCUCCUACACCAUCGCAAUUGGCGCUUUGACCUGGUCCCUCGGUGCUACGCUGCAGGCAGCAGCCUUCAACCGAGCCGGACUCUUCGUUUGUCGGUUGAUCGUGGGUGUUGGGGAGGCUAUGUUCGGUCAGGCGAUGGCGUUUCAUCUGAGUCUCUGGUACACCAAGAAGGACCUCGCAAAGCGAGUUGGUCUCUUCAUAUCUGCCGGUGCUCUCUCCGGAGCGUUCACUGGAUUGAUCAGCUAUGGAGUCAGCUCGAUCCACCAUCCCAAGAUUGAAGCUUGGAAGGUCCUCUUCCUCAUUGAGGGUCUUCCCUCCUUCGUCCUCGCCGUCUGUGUGGCACUCUUCAUGCCUUCCCGGCCAGAAACCUCCAAAUUGCUUUCUGAAGACGAACGAACCCUUUGCCUCACUCGCUUGAACGCAGAUAGCUCUGUGGAGCAGCACACCGGCGUUGACCUCCGAGGCGUUACGAGAUGCUUGACUGAUUGGAAGACUUACGUCGUGUCCAUCUCGUACUCUUGCAUGAAUCUCGGUCUUGGAUCCGUGGGUGGCUUCUUGCCAACCAUCAUCAAGGGUCUCGGAUACUCCAAUGCCAAAGCUCAACUCUUCACUGUGCCACCAUACGUCGUCGCUCUCGUCUUCAUGUUGCUCUUGACAACCUACUCUGAUCGAUACCAGACCCGUGGAAUUCCUGCAACUGCCGUCUUCGUCAUAGGAAUCGUAGGAUGGGCCAUCCUCCUUGCUGUACCAGCGCACCACCCCACCGCCACCGAGCUCCAUGUCAGAUACUUCGGCUGCAUUUGCGUUGUCACUGCUGGAUACACCAAUAUCCCCAUUAUCAUUUCCUGGCAAUCUGGAAACACUGGAAACCAAUCCCAGCGAGCAACUUCGCUCGGUAUGCUCAACUCUCUUGGCCAAUGUCUCGGAUUGGCUGCUGCUUUUAUGUUCCCAUCGACUGAGAAGCCGCAAUUCAGAAAGGGCUGUAUCAUCAAUGUCGCGUUCCAGUGUCUCGGACUUGUCCUGGUUCUGGGUAUGAGUCUCUACUAUCGAUGGGAGAACAAGAGAAGGGAUAAGGUUGAGGGUGGACGACCUCCACGAGGCGCCGCUCUGGACACUAUGGAACAGCACGAUCUCGCUCCAGGUUUCCGUUACGUGCCAUAGAUGUUGGCUCUGAAUUUCUCACUGGACUGUGGCUGAUUGCGAGUAAGGACGAUAUCCCUUCGCUCAGUUUGCUUUUUGCUUUCUGAAUGCAAUUUGUCUGCUGUCAUGGUCA